AUGGCUAUUAGAAAAAAAUUAUAUUAAUUAAGAGAAAACGAGGCGUGCGGUGCAUUCGUUUGUAACAUGGUUAGCCUGGAUUUGCGGCAAAGCUCAACACUGCACAGCCUGGUCUGCCAAUCGAUCCUAGUGCUGUUGUGCCUAAUCUGUUACGGCUACGGCGGCCUGAGCAGCGCUAAGUUUGUGUUUGAUGACACUGUGGCCAUAGUUAAAAACAAAAAUGUCAAUACGCUGCCCACCAAUUGGACGGCCAUCUUUAGCCACGACUUUUGGGGUGCGCCGCUGUUAAGCGCAGAUUCACACAAAUCCUUUCGGCCGCUGACAACGCUCAUGUUUCAUUACGAAUACGCCUUGCUGGGCUUAAAUGCUGCUCACAUGAAGUUUUUGAACCUGCUGCUGCACUGCGUGAACACAUUGCUCAUAUGGCGCUUGGUGCGGUCACUGUAUGUGGAGGAUAUAGACAUCGAGCGCUGGGCUACCAUUUCAGCAGCACUGUUUGCCGUACAUCCAGUGCACACGGAGGCAGUAUCCGGCGUAGUGGGCAGAGCGGAGCUCAUGUUCGGCCUGAUACACCUGCUCUGUCUGCUGCUGACAGUGGCCAGCGCGGACAAGCAACAGGGCGUGAGCAGCGUUAGCCUCAUCCUGCUGCUCACGGCUAUGGGCAUGCUUUUCAAGGAGACGGCAAUAACUAUACCGAUAUCCUGUGUGUUGUUGGACUACUUUCAGAAUGGCACCUACGUGCUGCCGCUGAAGCUGCAGCAGCGGGUUAUCACCAGUCGACUGCGCUACGUGUUUUACCUCUGCGGUACGCUGUUGCUGCUGCUGUUGCGUCUCUGGUGGCAAAACUUUGAGGCGCCCGAGUUUAAAGCCGUCGACAAUCCCAUUGCACAUAACGAGCAGCUGCUCACGCGCGGUCUGUCCCAGCAGUACUUGUAUGUGGUCAACUUUUGGCUGAUGUUAUGCCCACAAUGGCUGUGCUUCGACUGGGCGCUGGGCUGCGUUAAUCUGGUUACCAGCAUUUGGGAUAUGCGUCUACAGGCAGUCAUUGCAUUCUACUCCUUUAUAAUCGUCUCCUUGAUGAACUUUCGACGCUUGGCAGGACUUAUGCUGGGCCUGGCACUGAUGAUCAUUCCGUUUCUGCCCGCCUCGGGCAUUAUACGCGUUGGAUUUGUGAUUGCCGAACGUACACUGUAUGUGCCUUCGAUGGGCUUCUGCUUGAUGUCCGUAUAUGGCUUCCUCUACUGUUACCAGAACUAUGCAAACAACAGCUACUGCCGCGCGGCGCUUCAGGCGCUACUCAUGCUGCUCUUUACUGUGUUUAUGUUGCGGACGCGGCAGCGCGCUGCACAGUGGCUAAACGAGGAGCAGCUAUUCAGCUCGGCGCUGCAGGUGUGCCCCAACAAUGCCAAGGUGCAUUACAACAUAGCACGCCUUGCCACGGACACCGGCAACAUCAGCAGGGCUUUCCACCAUUACCACAAGGCUGUCGAGCUGUAUCCGGAGUACGAAUCGGCGCUCAUGAAUCUGGGAAAUCUGUACCGUGAGAAUGGACAGCUACAGACAGCUGAGAAGUAUAUACGCGCCGCAUUGACCGCUUAUCCAGCGUUUCCGGUGGCCUGGAUGAAUCUGGGCAUAGUGCAGUCGGCACAAAAGAAGUACGACCAGGCGCUGGACAGCUAUAGGCAGGCCUUAAAAUAUCGCUCCGACUAUGCCGUCUGCUACUAUAACAUGGGCAAUCUGUUUUUGGAGCAGCACCAAUAUGCCGAAGCACUGCAUCAUUGGCAACAUGCGGUCGCCGUCAAUCCACGGCAGCCCAAGGCCUGGGCCAAUAUUCUAACCAUGCUCGAUAAUCGCGCCAUGUACGAGGAUGCGUUGCGCAUUUCGGAACAGGCUCUUGUCCAGUUACCCAACGAACCGAGUAUCAUAUUUAUACGCGCCAAUGUCCUGGGCAAGAUGAGGCACUACCUGGAGGCGGAGACGCUCUAUAAGCUCGUCAUUGAGCUCGAUCCAAAGAAUAUGCUGUAUCACACGAAUCUCGGUGUGCUCUACCAUCGCUGGGACAAAGUGCAAGAAGCCAUCGAAUGCUACCAGACUGCCAUUAGCAUCAAUUCCUUGCGUGCGACAACGGCACGGGAAAAUCUUGGCAAGCUCUUAAAGCGCUUAAACCGCGAAACAUACAAGGAGUCACAGUAAGCAAGGCUUUCUUGCCUAAUCUAAGUGUAGACAUCUGGUCAUUGGCGUAAGUUGCAUCCAAAUUCAUAACAUUCCUCUAUCUAAGACCAAAGCGACAGACAGAACAGUAUGAAACGUAAUGGAAAGUGCAAGCGUGAUAUUAUAUUUCCUAACUUUCGCUUUAAUUAUUGUCCCAAACUUUCCAGACAAUCGCUGAUAAUUAUAUUCUAUGUGUUUGCUUCUCAAAGUUUACAAAUGCCGUGAAAAAAAAGAAUACCCACCUCUACCGAAAAUCUAUUUGUAAUUGUCAGCAAAACGUUUACGAAUGGGUCACAAAAUAGAUAAAUUAAAUACUCCAUCAAGCCAGUCAAGCCGGGAAUGUUUUUAUAAACCAAUCAGUCAUAUAUUUCGAACUGUUUGUAUGAUAUCAAGGCUGCCUUAUCAACAACAACACAACUUGGACAAACAAAAAAUGUUUCUUUUUUCAUUAAACUAAACCAAAAAAAAAAGAGAGUGGUUUAAAGUUUCUAUUAAUGUUUGCGAUUGUUUGGCGUCCGUCCACACAAAUUCUCCAUAUCAUAUCUCAUAGAUAAUAC